ACUGCCAUGGAAGCUCUCACGGCCUCUUAAGGCCGAGAGAAACGAGAGGGCAUUGAGAGUGUGAGAAAAACCUAAUUGAAAUUGCAGCUUUGAUAUAUUGAUUCAGGGACGAAGAAGCAGAUGGCUUCUCUCGUUUUUUCUCCACCUUCGUCUUCUUCUUCUUCGGCUCUGGUUUCCUGUUCCUCCCGGAGCUGUGGAUACUUCGUCUCCAAUGAGUCUCGCCUUCGAAUCUCUCCCAGAAAUGGCGUGAGGUGUAAUUUGGUGGAGCCGUUAAAGUAUGAUAAUGGAAAGCCAUCCAUUCCAAUCCUUAAUGGACUGGCCGUGCCCAAUGUCUUUUCUUCGUGUCACCCUGAAAAUACAAAUAACAAGAGUGAUACUAGGCUGCGUAUUUUCUCUGGCACAGCCAACCCUUCGCUUUCUCAGGAAAUCGCAUGCUACAUGGGGCUGGAUCUUGGAAAGAUCAAAAUAAAGCGAUUUGCAGAUGGCGAGAUCUAUGUUCAGUUACAAGAGAGCGUCAGAGGAUGUGAUGUUUAUCUGGUACAACCCACCUGCCCUCCAGCGAAUGAGAAUCUCAUGGAGCUUUUGAUAAUGAUAGAUGCUUGUCGGAGAGCAUCUGCCAAAAAUAUCACUGCAGUGAUACCAUAUUUUGGAUAUGCUAGAGCAGAUAGAAAGACUCAAGGACGUGAGUCUAUUGCAGCUAAACUUGUAGCAAACCUGAUUACAGAAGCAGGUGCAAACCGUGUUCUUGCUUGUGAUCUGCAUUCUGGCCAGUCCAUGGGUUAUUUUGAUAUUCCUGUAGAUCAUGUAUAUGGUCAGCCUGUGAUUCUUGAUUACCUGGCAAGCAAGACUAUUUGUUCUGAUGAUCUGGUAGUGGUCUCACCUGAUGUUGGAGGUGUUGCUAGAGCUCGUGCUUUUGCUAAGAAACUAUCUGAUGCCCCUCUUGCCAUCGUGGAUAAACGGCGUCAUGGCCACAAUGUUGCAGAGGUGAUGAAUCUGAUUGGUGAUGUCAAAGGUAAAGUAGCAGUUAUGGUGGAUGACAUGAUUGACACUGCUGGAACUAUUACAAAAGGUGCAGAGUUGUUACAUCAAGAAGGGGCCAGGGAAGUCUAUGCAUGUAGCACACAUGCUGUUUUCAGCCCUCCUGCUAUCGAGAGGUUGUCAAGUGGUCUGUUUCAAGAGGUGAUCAUUACAAAUACCAUUCCCGUGCUGGAGCAGAAUUACUUCCCACAGCUUACGGUUCUGUCUGUAGCAAACCUAUUGGGCGAGACCAUUUGGCGUGUUCAUGAUGACUGCUCUGGUAGCUUUGAACCCAUUUCAAGCUUGGGCAUUGAUUGAAACAAAGUCUCAAUGGUGGUGCACACUCUCUCCCAGCUCUCACAGCUACCAGUAAAUUACUUUGGAAACACAGGUUUCUUAAAUAGGGAAUCAAAUUUCUACCCAAUGAUUUUUAUGUUCUUCUUUCUCAAACUCUGUACAACUUGGGGUUUAGUGGGAAGUUCUCUAACUGCUAGGUACAUUAGGUAUCCUUCUCUAUUCUCAAAAUUCCCAUUUUCCCAAAGCUAUAUAGUAGACAAUGGUGUGA